AAAAAUUUUCCCUCCAUCAUUCCAAAACCGUAAUUGAAAAAAUUCACCACACGCUCCCUCCAAAAACCCUCCUUGAAUCAUAUUAAAUCUCUCUAUUCCCACACUUUAACAACAUCUGGCAAACUCUCAGAUCUCAAUCUCAAUCUCAAUCUCUCACAAAUGGCGAUUGCUGCAACUGCAAGCCCUAACUCCAAACCUACCCUAUCUACUCCCAAGAAGAAAACAACAACAACAACGGUCACCACCACCGGCGAUGAGGAGAAGCAAAUCACGUCUGAGAUGAAGUCUAACAACCAGAGCUCUAAACCGCAGAAGAGGAAUACUAAUCCAGGUGUUCGUGUUAUUCACGGCAAGAUUUACGACUCUCAGAACGGGACUACUUGUCAUCAAUGCCGACAGAAGACCUAUGCUGUAUAUGUUAACUGCAAGAAUCAAGCAAAGGCUAAGCCAUGUAACAUCAAGUAUUGUCGCACGUGCCUCUUGAACAGAUAUGGGGAGAAAGUUGAAGAAGUGGAACUGUUGGAAAAAUGGGAUUGUCCCAAGUGUAAAGGUGUCUGCAAUUGCAGCAUCUGCAUGAAAAAGCGCGGUCAUCAGCCCACUGGUAUGGUCGUUCAAAUGGCAAAGGCAAGUGGAUUUACGUCUGUUUCUGACAUGAUUGUUGCAAAAGGUGCUCAAAAUGUUAGUAAUUACAAGCGAGUGAAAGAAACAACUGCUUCACCAAGAAAGCUAGCUUCUCCAGCAGAGGGAAUUGUUACCAAGUCACCGAAGAAACCGGGCAAGGAAAAUCUGUUUGAUGGCAAAACAGAUUUAAAUGCAAAUCCUAUUGUUUCAGCCCCGUCGCCUGUUGAGAAGAAACCAAAGAAAGUGAAGCGGAAGGGACUUGAAGUUAAGCCUGAUGACAUUGGGGUUAAUAAUGUUACAGAAACUGAGACAACCAACACCCUGAAUGAAAAGAACCACAAGAAACUAAAGUCAAAUGGAUCAACGGAGAUUGUUGAAGGAACUGUUGUUGAGAAGAAACCAAAGAAGGUUAAACGGAAGGGUCUUGAAGUCAAGCCGGAUGUCAAUGGGGUUAAUAAUGUUUCAGAAACCGAGACGAACAAUGCCCUAAAUGAAAAGGACCAAAAGAAAUUAAAGUCAAACGGGUCAACGGAAAUUGUUGAAGGAAAUGCUGUUGAGAAGAAACCAAAGAACGUUAAGCGGAAGGGACCUGAAGUUAAGCCUGAUGGCAGUGUGGUUAAUGAUGUUUCGGAGACCGAGAUUAAUCAUGCCAUAAACGAGAAGAAGCAAAAGAAAUUGAAGACAGACGGGUCAAAGAAGACUGUUGAUGGAAAUGAAGUUAAAGAAAGUAACAUUUCGCAUGAUCAACAUGCAAACCAGCAUUCAGAGGAUAAUCAAUGUUUAGUAAAAAAGAAGACUUCAAACUUUUUUGAGUCUGUUAUCCCUUUGCCAGCUGGAACUGAGUUGGUAACUGUAGCUGGGGUUGACCUUUCAAAAGAAGAUGCUGGUAAUGCAUUGCAGUUUUUGGAAUUCUGCUCUACUUUUGCAAAGAUUUUAGAUGUGAAAAAAGGGCAGGCAGAAGCAGUUUUGAGAGAUCUAAUUAAAGGCCGAAGUACACGCCGUGGGAAAUUUACUUCCGUAAUCCAGUUUCAUAUCCAGCUGCUGUCUGUUAUUCAAGAGGAAUUGGAAUCUGACUCAGAAUCACCAACACCGGAUCCGAGUCAUGGCAAUGAUUCAUGGCUGAAAGCUCUAAAAAGUUGCAUCUCUGACUCAAACGUGAAACACAUGGACUCUAUAGACUUGACAGCUGCCGGAUAUGAUAAUUUGGAAUCAUCGAUGAAACUUAAGCUUUUGGUUUUCCUGUGUGAUGAAGUUCUUGGAACUGAAAAGAUAAGAAAUUGGAUUGAUGAUCAAAAUGUGAAGUUUGCUGAAAAGAGAAAGGAAGCAAAGGAGAAACUUUCGGUUGCAAAAGAUAAGGAGAAAACUAUAAAGCAGAAAAUGCAGGAUGAUAUUGCCAAAGCAAUCAUAGCGAAAGAAGGUGUUCCUCUUACUUUAUCUGAACAUGAUGCUAUUGUUUCCAAGAUCAAGAAUAAAGCAGCCGAAGCACAUGCUGAAAUGCUUGCAUGUAAAGAUAUGGUUCCAAUUGAUAAAUCGAGGCCUGAUGCUGUGAGAGCAGAGCCGAUUUUCAGGGACAACAGUGGGCAUAUGUACUGGAGAUUAAAAGGGUGUUCCGAGAAUCCUGGAAUUCUUCUUCAAGAUAUAGGAACUGGGGAUCAUACUGUUGAAGUGGUUGACAAAUGGUUUGAAUUCGAUGAUGAACAGAUGGAUUUGAUUGAAAAACACAUAAAUGUCUUGAGGACAAGGUUUAGAAAACACUACAAAAACUAGUGGAUGUGCAUUUUAUUGUUGCUAGGGGUAAUGCUAUGUUAUUUUCAAGACUUAUAUUAGUCGUAGUUUAAUCCUGUUGUAACGCGUGAUGAUCUGUGUUUUGUUCAUGUACAGUUCAUGGAAUAUAAUUUAUAUUAGCUCCAUGAAUUUAAACAAACUUUUUGUAACCUAUAUAGGGACAUGAUUAUUUUGAAGGUCAAGUUAAUUUGGUCAUGUGA